AAGGCCACAGGAGAUUCCUGCUUGCGCCCCAAGUAUAGAGAGCAGGGUCGAUCAAAAGAGACCCCCCUUAUCUCAGAAACCACCACCUCCCCCGAUCAAAGUAAGCCCUCUGUCCUCUGCUCACGACAGAUGCAGACGUCAUCUCUUUGUCAAUGUCUUUCAACCUUUGUGUUGUGUUUACACGGAACGAGGGCCAGGCUGGCUGGCUCUGCAGCCGUGUGCAAGGCAGUGAAUGCUGCCUGGCAUAUAUAAAAGGUGCGGCAGCAGGGCAUCUACAAGAGCCAACCCCGAGGAGAACAGUGCCCAGCAUACAGGUAGGAGGACACAGCGGGAACAAUCCCACCAUCUGGGAGCAGUUGAGCAAAAUACCUGAAGGAAUAAGAAUCCUCGCUUCAUCAUGUGCAUCAAAGCUGCCCUCCUAGCAGUGCUGCUGGCCACCUUUUCAGCUUCUCCAGCCAGUCUUCAGCGGAGCCACGUCUGGGACUACUUCAGCCAACUGACUCACGACAAGGGCAGCACGGAGCAAGCCCAGCAGCUGAAAGGAGGACAAGGGGUGAAAAACAUGAAGGAAAGUCUCCAAGAUGGAGCCAACUAUGUGGGACAGGUCCUUGAGAAGUUGACCCCAGUACACAGGGGAUUCGAACCCCAGUUCUACCAAGAUGCCGAUGGACUUCGGCAGAUCAUCCAGAGAGAGGUCGAAAGCCUCCGGAGGAAACUUUCUCCUUAUAUGGAUGAGGCGCACCAAAAAAUCAGCCAGAACUUAGAAGGUCUCCGUCUCCGCCUGACUCCCCUCACAGAGCAGCUGAUGGAACAGGUCUCGCAAUGUGCAAGAGAAUUGCACCAGCAUUUCAGGCCCAACCUAAGCGCAGGGGCUCCAUUGGUGGAAACUCCAGGUGCGGUCCAGAAGUUUACAGCCUCUUAUGCUGAAAAGGCAGCUACCUUUAUUGACCAGGUGAAGGAGAUUUUCCUCCCAUAUGCUGACAGGUUAGCAACUGAGAUCCACCGUACCAUGGAAGAACUCCACAAAAGCACAACACCUCACACUGCAGUUAUGGGCCAGCGACUCAGCCAGUAUCUACAAGAAUUCUCCGGCAAGCUCAGCCACAACGUGAAGGUUCUCCAUCUCCAAAUUGAAAGGAACCUGGAUCAACUCAAGGUGCAGCUGAGCCUUCACCCCAACACCUGGGUUGCAUAUCCUUCCCACAGGAGCCAAGAAAACCACCAGCUGUCUGUGGACCUGGAAAAUAUGGCUCAGGAGGUUCAGGAGAGAAUUGAGGAGUUCAGGAGAGGUACAAUCCUUCAGAUAGACAACUUCACAAGGACCACGGACAGGGAGAUGGAAGAAAUGAAGUUCAAGCUGUCUCCCACACCCUCAUACUUGGAAGAGUUCCAGGAAAACUCCACGCCACUGGAAGACUUGCAUGCCAGGCUAGACUCCCUGUGGAAGGAUAUUUUCCAGAGUCUCAAUGAGCCGAGCAGCAGCUUAUACUAAAGUUUUGUGCCCAGGCAAAUUAGGCAGUGGAGGCCUCUUUGAAAUAACCUACUUUUGGGGUGGGGGAGAUCAAACCCUUCUGAGCAGUAGUGGUUUCCCUAGACUGCCACAUCA